UCGAAUUCUCGUUCGUUGUCACUUUGACUCCAUUCGUACACUUUUGUAUUAGCUCGCUUGUUUACCAUCAUGGCAGAGCCACGGGCUUCUACUGACGAAGAGAGUGCCCCUCUCCUCAAUUCUCAGACCCACGCAACAUCUUCAGCCUUUUCUCGCCCCAAGACAACCAGAGAAAAGGCUCUAGCGGCUAUUGCCGUCCUUUUCUUACUUUUGGCCAGUCUUUUUAUUGGUCUGUUUGCUGGCGCUGAAACCUCUUACAAGAAGGAGAAGGGCAAACACCACAGUGGUGGUGGCGGCGGCUGGGCAACAUUAACCGAGACCAAGACUGAUACCCAAACUGAGACUGCUACAGCGACUACUACUCAUAUUGGUCAGCCUACGGGGACUCCUGCACCUUCCGUCUGCCUCACCCCCGAAUGUGUUAAACUCGCUGCCUCUAUCCUCUCGGCCCUCAACACUUCUGCAGAUCCUUGUGAUGAUUUCUACCAGUUUGCCACUGGUGGUUGGCAGGAAUCCAACUCUAUUCCGGAGGACCGAGGCUUGUACGGAGCCUUCAACGAAGUUUCGGACAACAACAAAAAGUUAAUCCUCAAAGUGCUCGGCUCUAUUCCGGAUGAGAAGCCUGGUAAGGAUGCUACUGUCGAUGAAAGGAAUCUCGCCAAGCUCAAGACUGUAUAUACGAGUUGCAUGGACAUUGACACUCUCAACGACAUUGGUGAGAAACCCCUCAUCGACCUUGUCGAGCAUGUUCUUGAUAUUUUUGGCGAGUUUGAUGUCUCUUCUCAAAUCGACAAUGCCCUCGCAGACGCAGAGCCUUACAAAGGUGCCUAUGACGAGUCUUACAGGCUCCCAGACGAGCUUGUUGCUGCCGCUACAAAGGUCGAAGAGAUCAAAGAGCUCAAAAAGGCUGUCUUAACCCCUGGCGCUGAGAGGGAAAAAGUGGAACUCGAGCACACUCUUAACAAGGCCGAUGUGGAGAGGAGACACAAGCUUACCAAGACCCUUGCCUGGCUCCAUUCUCGAGGUGUUCAAGGCCUAAUCAACUUUGAGAUUGAGGGCGAUGCUGGAGGUGAAGACUCUCAAAUCCAAAGUCUCUGGCUCUACCAGGCCGAAGGCGGUCUUCCUUCAAAGGAGUACUAUGACGAAGCCCCUAUUCUUGACCUGUAUCACUCUGUCAUCCGCGAUAUCCUCACUGAGUUAGCCCAGCGCACUUCUGCCGAAAUGGAGGGGCGUGGAUGGGUGGAAGACCUUGCCGCUCUGGAUAAAGAGUUGAUAGGCGAUGAUUCAUGGCCUUGGCCUUGGCCAGGAAAGGGUGACGAUGAUGAAGAUGGCGACCGCCGUCGCCCUCCUUCUCGUGAGCCAAUCGACAAGAGGAUGGACAAAGUCGCAAGUCAGGUAUUGAAAUUUGAAAAGGAUCUCGUCAAGGCAGGCGCGGACCCUGAAUACCUAUUCAAUCCUCACUACGCUUAUAACCCCUACUCUACCUCUGCCGUUUCCGAUGCGCUCCCCUUCCUCGAUAUCCCCACAUAUCUCUCUGCUUUUGCUCCCAGGACUUUCCCCGAGAACAUUACUGUGACAUACCCUCCGUAUCUCAAAGCUGUCACGCGACUGGUCGAGCAGACGCCUGACGAGGUUCUGUCUGGUUACUUUGUCACUCGUCUUGCGUUGACUUACGCGGACGCUCUCGGACCCAAGACUGAGGUGAAGAAGAGUGUCAGAAGGUUGCAAGAGGUUCUGAAGGGUAUUAAACCCGGUACUGAAGAGAAUCGACAGGAUGUUUGCUUGGCCUGGGUUGACGAUAUCGUUGGUUUCAUCGCCGGUCGUGAAUUUGUCCGCGAAGCCUUCUCCCCUGAGGCCAAGUCUGAGGGUGAGCGCAUCAUCCGAUCCAUCGUUUCUGCUUUCCACGCCAAGCUUCCUCACAUCUCAUGGAUGGAUGAGGAGUCUGCCGCUGCUGCUCAGAAAAAGGCGGACGCUAUCAUCCCCAAGGUUGGAUACCCUCUCUUCCCAGACACUACCAAGCCUGAGAGCUUGGAAGCUUGGUAUGCUAGGGUGAACAUAGAUAAGGAGGACUUCUUCGGCAAUGUGCUCCGGUCUACCUUGGUGGAAGAGUCUAGAGUUUGGUUGGGCUUGGGUAAGAGAAGAAAUAGAGACUCUUGGGAGAUGUACCCUCAGACCGUCAACGCUUAUUACUCUCCUCCUGACGGUGAAAUUGUUUUCCCUGCCGGUAUCCUUCAACCCCCCUUCUACUCUCUUUCUUGGCCUGCACACUUGCGAUACGGCGCUUUUGGAGCUGUUGCUGCUCACGAGCUGACUCAUGCCUUUGACAACUCUGGAUCUCAAUACGACGAGAAAGGACGAUUGAGGGACUGGUGGACUAAAAAGACUGUAGAGGACUUUGAAAAGCGUGCGCAAUGUGUUGCCAGGCAGUACUCCAAGUACUGGGUAUAUGAUGCCGAGGGUAAGAAGGUGUUUGUGAACGGCAACCUCACCAACGGAGAGGACAUUGCCGAUUCUGGUCUUGCGCAGGCCUACACUGCAUGGAAGAACUCUGUCUCUGACAGCCCCUCAUCUGAACGGCUCCCUGGUCUUGACUACUCUGAUGACCAGCUCUUCUUCCUCGCCUUUGCACGUGUCUGGGCUCAACUUACUCGACCUGCCACCGCCGUCUCAAGGAUUAGGACCGAUCCUCACUCUCCUCCUUAUUGGAGGGCUGUGGGUACGUUGAGGAACCUGGAGGCGUUCCAUGAGGCCUGGGGUUGCAAAACGGGCAGCCGUAUGAACCCUCCUAAGGAGGAACAGUGCGAGCUGUGGUAAGAACGAUAAGAUAGUAAACUAGCAAAUUUCAUUGAAUGUACCAAAUAUAGCAGAAGACACUAUUGCCAAGCGCACCGCUUACAUCCGAAGGCUGACGAGGGGGCACGGACCACAGCUCGGUGUGUCUAGCGCGUUUGACUUUGGUACCAUC